AUGCGACCCGCGGUGGAUACCGAAAGCACCCCAAGCUCCCCCGCCGGAGGGACUAUAAUCGUUUGCGGUGCGAUAUGCCAGAUCGAUUAUUUGAACAAACAAGCCGUAUCGGACUCGCUCGCCUUUCAUCGAUAUCGGAACAAUGGAGCUUCCAUGCGAGCUGAACAAGCAACUCCGAGGCGAGCGGGCGACACGUACCAGCAAUAA